AUGGACUCUGUUAAUGGCCAAUCAGGAGGUGUCUUUUUUGUAUACGGAUAUGGAGGCACGGGUAAAACAUACAUUUGGAGGACAUUGUGUGCUGCAAUUAGGAAGAUGGGUGAAAUUGUUUUGCCUGUGGCAUCAAGUGCUGCCCUACUUCUUCCAAAAGGUCGAACCGCCCAUUCAAGUAUUAGGCCUGGUUCUGACUUAGCUGCAUUGCUCAUGAGAACAAACCUAAUUAUUUGGGAUAAUGAAGCACCAAUGAUGCAUAAAUAUUGCUUUGAAGCACUUGAUAGGAGUUUAAAGGACAUUAUGCAAGCUGUUGAUCGAGAUAAUUUACAUCGACCAUUUGGAGGUAAAGUUGUGUUUGGUGGUGAUUUAAGACAAAUUUUUCCUGUUAUACCCAAGGGUACAAGGCAAGACAUAGUAUUUGCGACCUUAAACUCUUCGUUUCUAUGGGAUUUAUGUAAGGUUUUGAAGCUUACACGCAAUAUGAGACUUCAAUCAUGUUCUUCUUCGUCGACUGCUAAUGAAAUAAGGGAGUUCUCAGAAUGGAUACUGAGCGUUGGUGAUGGCAGAGCUAGAGGGCCCAAUGAUGGAGAAGUGGAUAUUGAAAUCAGUGAAGAUAUUCUUAUAGACGGUGGAGAUGACCCCAUAUCAUCAUUAUCAACAGCACAUACCCUUCAGUCACUGAUCAUCUUUGGGAAGCCAAAUACUUCCAAGAAAGAGCAAUUCUAG